UUACGAUUAUAUCGUGGAGUAUUGUAAUGGCCUCGGCUAUACCUAGACCUACCAAAAUACCUGUACCAGCGGCUAAACGAGAAUCAGCCAUUAUUAUUAAUAGAGACAAGACUAAACAAAAGAUCUACACAGACUGGGCCAACCAUUAUUUGGAGAAAUCACGGAAUAAAAAGUUUAUAUCCGAUCUGCAACAGGACAUAUCUGAUGGGGUUCUGUUAGCAGAUGUCAUUGAAGCUGUCACAAAUGACAAAGUUAAGGAUAUAAAAUUAAAACCAAAGAACACUGCACAAAUGGUUGAUAACAUCAAUGCGUGUUUAAACUUCCUGUCUGGUCUGGGUGUCAGUGUGGAUGGCAUCAGUGCUAAAGAUAUAAAAGAAGGUAACUUGAAGGCCAUAUUAGGAUUGUUUUUUAGUUUAUCAAGAUACAAACAACAACAGAAAACACAGCAAGCGGCACAGAAAUCGGCCGAACAAUCUCAAGUUAACCAACCGCCUUCCACCACCCCUCAACAACAACAUCAUGUAGAUAGUGCUACUUCUUGUCAUGCUGGACAUACACCACCUCAAUUAAAUGGAGGGGAAGUCCAAUCAAGAUUGCCAUCACCAUUUAAGAAUAACAAAAACACCUCAGUACAUAACCCCAGUGCCAAAGAUACCACCUCAUCAUCAUCAUCUGUGAAUAAUGCUAAUUUAUCGUUACGAAGUAAAUCUCAUGGUGCCCACUCUACCUCAAAUGAUAAAGCCAAGUCGCAGCAGAACCAGCAGAAUAAUAUUUUACAAGUCUCUUCAUCAAGUAAUUCCAAGAACAAUAACACCCGUGCCACAUCACCGGGCCAUCAGCAUAGUGGUAUUCCUACACCAGGUGGUAAAGCAAUCCCGACAGCUCGCAGCCAAUCGGCAGCUGAGAAACAAAUCAACAGAACUAGCGCUAGCUCGACUAGUUCAACUUCCUCUACCAAAAGUAACCCAGCCAAGCCACCGAAUAAAAACUCUAUGUUGGACAAAUUCAAAUUUUUCAACUCCAAGGAGAAGGACAAGAAAGGGGGAGCUGUAAAAGGCUCAUCCAAGAAUAGCACUGCUACUAGUGCCAAUAGUUCAAGGAGCGACACUGAUUCUGGAAGAGAUACAAAAUCUUCUACUAGCCCAAGGAGCUCCAUAGAGGCUGGUGCUAGUAGUAGCAGCAACAAUGGGGCAUCUAGCCCCAAACUUCCAGCUAAGACUGGUAAAAAAUCUCUGGUCCGUGCCUUUAGCACAAAGCGCGAAACUCCAAAGACCCUAACACCAGAAGAUACUAAUAAAAGACCUAAUGCACCUUCUCCUGCAACAACACAACCGAGGACUCCAUCUCCAAAUACCAAUAUCCCAGUCCCAGGUGCUCCUCCUCCUAUACCAAAAACAUCACCACCCCCGAGUAGAAAAACAACGUCCAAAUCUGAUAAAUCAGAAAAAUCAGAUAAAUCUGAUAAAUCUUCCAAAGGAGGAACUUUGAUUCCAAAGUCUGCUUCUUCAUCAGGAAAAUCUAAAUCUGCUGCAUCAACACCAACUUCCUCAGGAGGAUCCCAGAUCCCUCCGCCUAACUUCAGCAUGCCGAAGUCAUCCAAGUCAAGUAAAUCAAGUAAAGAAGAAAAGAGUAAAAGCUCUCUAAAUGGGAAAGAACAUAAUAAGGCCUUAUUUUCAUCCUUGCCUGGUGUUAACGCACAUAAAACAUUAGCCAAUAAAUCAUCUAGUGGUGUGUCAAGUCCUGCUUCAACGCCUGAUGGAAAUGGUGGGAUGUUGUCGCAUUCGAACUCGAAUCACUCUGGUAUCCAUCAUGCAUCUAAGUCAUCUCAGGAAUACAGCAGCAAUGUCAUCCCUGCUCAUCAAUCGCGUGUUCAGGCUCAGGAUAACACAUAUUACCGUGCUGUAGAACAUAGUGCUACAAUCGCUAACCCACACUCUAAUGCACACGCCCCUACAGACCACAUGAACAUGCAUAAUAUGGUCUCGAAAUCAUCCAGGACUCCAAAGAGUCAAAUCGUUAUUCCCAGUGCUCGUCAUGGUGGUAAUUCCAUGACUCAAACUGUUAACAUAGUAAAACCGACUUGUACGAUGGCUCCAUCGCGAUCAGUAGCAAAAGCCGAUGGAAAUACUCAGACAAACUUGUCAGUCAUUCAAAAAACCAUGGCAUCAUCAAAAUAUGCAGCUGCAAAAGAAAAUAGCAAUCAUAGUGUUCAUUCUGAAGGGAAUUAUUCUAAACCUCACGAUUCUCUGUUUUCGAACAGAGUUGCAAGUCCUGUUACUCCUCAGAUGCAGAGCCCUGUAAUAAAUGAACGCGAUGAAAAUUCACAAAAUAUGUCACUGUCCUCUGUUUUAUCUUCAAGUCAAUCAUCAAGUGCAUCAACUAGUGUCUCGUCAAAUGACAGUGUUGUUCACAAACCUGGUAUGGAAUCUAGUGCUUAUGAUCGUUUAUAUUCAAGUUCUUCAAACUCUCCAAGGUUGGGGGUCAAAAUGUUAGGCAAACCCGCAAAUAACGUGGCCAUUGUGCAACCACGACAUGGUGAAAAGAUCGAAACAACAUUUGAUAGGGAAGUACGAACUGAAACAGUGAAUAAACCCUCUUCUGGAAAGGAAACAACAUUUUCAGAAAAAAGUACGACUUUUGUUGACGAUUGCGGUGAAACUAUGGAUAUAAAACCAAUGCCCCCAAUCAUGAGAGCACUGCCUUAUGGGUAUUUCCGUGGAUACACAGGGUAUACUGGAUUAUCGUCCAGUCGCAAUUUUCACAUUCCCGGUAUCUCUGUACCUCCAACCCAAGCAAUGUAUGCAAGCAGCACGAGUCGGCUUGGAGUCAACAGACCCAUUCUGGAACAUGGUAAAUUUUAUUCAGGACAAAUCAAGAGAUCUGGAUCUAAUUGUCCAAGUGUGAACGAUCCAGAUUAUGCUUCGGACGUGGAUAAUUAUGAUUAUGUUUCUGGCUAUAUGUCAGACGGUGAUAUAUUGAAAAACAACCGAGUGGAUGAUUGGUCAAGUGGUUACAUGAGUGAAGGUGGUGCGUCCUUGUACGCCAGACGUCUGCAGCAGAGAUUCCGAGAAGGAAUGCAAGCAGUAAAAGAAUGUAUGCAGAAGUCCAGUGGUGUCAUUGAUGAUGAUAGUUUUGAUGACAGUAGUUCUAUCAGUAGUGGUGACAUCAGUGAUACAAUCGCCGAAAUCAGCACGGAUGAAAAUCUGACUGGAUCAUCUCAGGGGGCGCUGUCUGAUACCAAUCCUUACAGUAGCCUAAAGAGAGGUCCAAAGGAUCUUACCCAAGGAAUUCAUGUCAGUAACGGUCAUGGAAGAAUCCAAGGCAAACGACCGAACCUCGGUACAAGUGCAUUCUUAGGUGGUGAAUACAACAGUGACAGUAAUAACCCUUAUGGGUGGGGUCGUAAAUAUUACUUACCUCAAAAUAGUAAGUUGUUAAGUAGUGAUCCAAGCGAUUACGCGUAUCCAUAUUCAAGUUGCGAUCAACACUCACAGUGGGGUAGAAGUGAACCCAGUUACGGUUCUUUAAGAAAAUUGUCAAACUCAAGUCAGUCUGAAUAUGGUUAUCGUGGCGAGAGUCCUCAUUACGCGCAAAGUGACAAAGGAACGUAUUCUCCGACACCGAGUGUUAAAUGUGACUCCACAACAAAUACUGACCAAUCACAUCUAAUGGAGACAAGUUUAAAAAGAAUGCAAACUGCUCGCGGAGCAGCACCUAGUAAUGGUAGUGGCACAGGUAUUCAGUAUCGUCGGCCAUUAAGUAAUGUGAGUAAUUCAUCAGGAGGUAGCAAUAAGAGUAAUGGUAGCAGCAAAGGUUCCAACGCUGUUGGAAGUCGGUUAGCAAAACAUGGUGUGGAUAAUGGAACACCUACAGGAAUUCCCAGACCUGGAAGUGCAGCAGCUAAAAUCUCUCUUAGCACACACAGUGACAUGGGUCAAGAUGCUUAUGCUAGCAGCACUCUAGAACGCAAGAAGAAAGGAUUGACAACAAGUAAGUCAUCCAGUAAUACAGCAGCUCCAGACUUCCAAUCGAAUACACUCGGCAGACGACGAUUGUUUGACAGUAAAUCAAGUUUAUCGAAAGGAUCUAACGGAGAAAAUGGAGGAAGUAUGUGUCCUUCGACUAUCAUCUCAAAUCCUCACGCAACGUACGGUAAAGGAACAGACUUUAAAGGACAACAAAGUCAUUAUGUUAAUCUUCAGCAACUGCAAGCAAUGCAGCAGUGCACGCUGCAGCAACACGGCCCCGCUAGUGGUUUAACGAAAUCAUCAACUAUAGAUUACGCAUAUUUAAGCGAUUAUGCAUAUUCAUCAGUCCAUGGAUCGAACCUGUCUCUCAUAUCAUCAGCAUCUUCAUCAGUUAAUUCUUCUGCCGAGGACAGACAAGCGCACGAGAUUCGUAAAUUGCGACGAGAGCUUGAAGGUGCCCAGGAUAAAGUUUUAACGUUGAGUAAUCAGUUGAAUACAAACUCUCAUGUGGUGGCAGCGUUUGAACAGAGUUUGUCGAAUAUGACAUCUAGAUUACAAGCCUUAACUCUUACUGCUGAACAAAAGGACUCAGAAUUAAAUGAACUUCGUCAUACAAUAGAAGCUUUGAAGAGACAGAGUGGUUUGACGAUAACUGAAAGUGGUAUCAUCAGCCCUAACUCUAGCAGACGUCAUACAUCUCCGGGGGUUGUACUUAAAGAUGGUCCAGUUCAUCCUCACCAACGACAUGUAUCUGAGAGUGGUAUUAUGAGACAGAUGUCAUCAGACAGUAUGUCUAGUAUAAACAGUUUAUCUAGUGCCUGUAGUGUAACCAGUCAACAUUCAGCUGCCACUGAUACAGAUUGUAAAGGCAAGAAGAAAAAGGGUUGGUUGAGGAGCUCAUUCAGUAAAGCAUUUAAUCGCAAGAAGAAUAAAAAUGGAUCAAUGUCUGAUGUAGAACCCGAUACACAGAGUUUAAGAUCCAAUAUAUCGGCACCAAACUCACCGUUACUACUCAUGCAUGGACCUCCAGGAGGACCUCUUAAAGGAUCUCAUUCCUCUGGAGCAUUAUGUGAAACUGAUGAUGUAGGAAACGUUGUUGAUUUGAAGAAACAGCUCCGUGAAAAAGAUAUGAAGUUAACAGACAUUCGUCUGGAAGCCUUGUCGUCUGCUCAUCAGUUGGAACAACUUCGAGAAACCAUGAAUAAAAUGAAGUCUGAAAUGAGUGCCUUGAAAUGUGAUAAUGAACGAUUAAAUCGUAGUGGUAAUCCCAUGACACCCCAGCACCAGAGAACACUACAUAUAUCCCAGUCAUCCCUAACACCAACACGAAGUAACGAUUCUUUAGAUAGAUCAAUAAGUCUCACAGAUCACAGUAGUCUAGAUAUGUUACUAGCUGAAACGGCAGCUAAUGAUCGUGAAGGUAAACGAGUAACACUGGCCAUGUACCUGGGUUCAAAUCCUGAUCCUACUAAAGAAGGAAUAGAGAAACCAGCGGAAGUAUUAAUAGGUUUCCUAUCAGUCAGUGGUAAAACUAAGUGGGAUAUACUGGAUAAUAUGGUCCGAAAAAUAUUUAAGGAAUAUGUACUUAGAGUUGAUCCAGUUACUAAUCUAGGUCUUAGUUCAGAAAGUCUUCAGUCAUAUCAUGUAGGGGAGAUAACUAGAACUAAAGACUCUGAGUUACCGGAGCUUCUACCUAUAGGUUAUCUAGUUGGGGAAACAAUGCAAAUAGGAAUCUGUCUCAAAGGUACUAAACAGAAUACUGUUGAUUCACUAGCUUUUGAAACGAUGAUACCCAAGUCCAUUGUUCAGCGUUACAUACAAUUGUUAUUGGAACAUCGCCGUAUUAUUCUAUGUGGACCAAGUGGAACAGGAAAAUCCUAUCUAGCUCAAAAACUAGCUGAACAUUUAGUAUUAAGAUCGGGCCGAGUUCUAACAGCUGGUUCAGUAGCGACAUUUAACGUGGAUCACAAAUCAUCCAAAGAGUUACGUCUGUAUUUGUCAAAUAUUGCCGAGCAAUGUGAGAAUACGAUAGCCAAUGAACUACCAGGAGUUAUAAUUCUGGAUAAUCUCCAUCACGUUAAUUCGUUAGCUGAUGUCUUUAAUGGCUUCCUGAGCGUUAAAUAUCAGAAAUGUCCAUAUAUAAUUGGAACAAUGAACCAGCAGACGUGUAACGCUACCAAUUUACAGUUACACCAUAACUUCAGAUGGGUUUUGUGUGCCAAUCAUAUGGAACCUGUAAAAGGAUUCCUGGGUAGAUAUCUACGUAGGAAACUUGUAGAAGCUGAAGUUAGAACAAGCAUCAGAAAUAAUGAUUUGAAUAAAAUCAUUGACUGGGUUCCUAAAGUCUGGGCACACCUGAAUAAAUUCCUAGAGACACAUAGUUCUUCUGAUAUUACAAUUGGUCCAAGAUUAUUUUUAUCAUGUCCUAUGGAUAUAGCUGGAUCACAAGUAUGGUUUACGGACCUAUGGAACUAUUCUCUAGUACCUUAUAUGUUAGAGGCUGUCAGAGAUGGGUUACAGGUUUACGGAAAGAGAGCACCAUGGGACGAUCCAUCAGACUGGGUGAUAGAGUCAUACCCAUGGCCAAAAGAGGGCAUGAAUGAUCGUGCAUUGUUAAAGAUAAGACCUGAAGAUGUUGGCUACGAUAGUCAGACAUCUCAGACACCAUCCAGUCCUUCAAGUACAAUAAAAACUAAAACACCUACAACCACUAAACCUACAGACGGUGAUGGUGACCCAUUGGUGAAUAUGUUAAUGAGAUUACAGGAAGCAGCUAAUUAUUCCAGUCCGCAGAGUAACGACAGUGAUUCAACCAGUCUCGAUAGUCAUAGUUCUAUCCAGGAAUUCUCCGGAUCAUCAGGGGUUGAAUCUACUUUAUAAACGUGAUGUAAGAUACAAAUUUAGCAGCUAUUUGUAUUAAAGAUAAUACGACUUCUACUUGCUAAGCCUUGUAUGGGCGUGUGUGUGGUGAAGUGUUAGCCCUCAGGGGGGAAAAGCUCCCAAACAUUUUUGAUAGGGCUAAUCGUGAUGUAGCAAUAUAGUGCUUAGCUUGGUGACGAGAUUGAACAUAUGGUUAUAGAUGAGGAUUUUAUUUUUAUAAAGUGACCUGGAUAUUCGGGUAUACAUAUUAUAUUAAUUAUUAUACUGCGUUGUUUACAUAACAAAAGACUGGAUUGUUAGAGGAUUUUCCUACAAAACCGUUCUUAUGGUGGAAUUAAUAUUUACAAUGCACGAAAAGACUGGAUAAACAUAUUUACAAAUGACUGGAUGAUCAACAGUUAUUAAAAUAAAAUAAAAUAAAAGGAGAUUCGUUGUUACAAAGUUACAAAAUUUUAUAAACAGAAUGGACUUACUCUCCAAUAAUGGAAAAAUUGUUUUUGUAAAAAUAUCAUUUUGUAGUUUGUGUUUUCAUAGUGUAAGGACCUUGAAAUAUGGAGAUUGGGCACAUAAAGCCUUUAAUUUGACUUCUGGGUUUCUUGUGUGUUUUAGUAAAUUUUUGUGUGCAAUAUAAACAUUAUAUAUUAUUGUGUUAUUUGACCAGAUAAUAAACAAUAUUUAUACACUGUGUGGACAAUGAAUCAUUACAAAACAUUUGUGGUUUGAGCGUUUUGCCUAGCAACUUUUUGGUUUUUGCUGCAGAAUAUAUUCUCUUGAUGUGCAAUUUAUUAUAAAGACAAUUUGUUGAAUCUACAGACACUGCCAUAUAUGUUCGUUGUGUGUUUAUGUGUAUUUUGCAACAGUUUCUCGAUGUGUAAACAUUGUGUUAGCAGCAUGCGAGGAAGGAUGUUUUUAAAUGAAAUGUUUUUUCUUUGUGUGGAUCUACAAUAUCAAUACAUGUAUAUUUACAUUACAGUCAAGGUGACAUUUGAGGAAAACAGUAUUACAAAUAAGAGCGAGAUGUUGUUUAUUGUCCACUCGUCAACAAACUAGGUCAUUUCGGGAUUAAUGUAUGGUACAAUGUUAUUUCAAUAACUUGCUUGCAUGUAGGGGUCUUUACAAGUGGAAGGAAACCAGAGGACACAGAGAGAACUAAUGAGGUUAGACAUGCGAUCCAACUCCUUGUACAUACAAGGUGGGAAUCAAAAGCAAGCGCAUCAAAUCACAAGUCUGUCAUUAAGGCAAGUGGUGUGGUUUCGACUCUUUGCUUGUAAGUGAUAAGGAGUAGGAUUGCCGGUCCAAACUCAUGAGUUUUCUCCAUGUCCGCCAGUUUCAUCCCACUGUUAAAGACCCUGGGGCACAAACGAAAUAUUGAAAUAAAAUUGAACCGUAUGUUAGUCCCGAAAUGAACUAGUUUGUAUCGAGUGGACGUUAAACCCCAUUUCUCUAUCUCUCUUAUUGUCUAAAGCGCAUGCGCUAGACAAUUACACCCAACCCCCUGUCACAAAUUAAACUAAAAUAAUACGAUUGACUAAACGAAUGAAAUACAAUGAUCAGAUCAGACUCCUGUUCCAUGAUAUAUUUGUAAAUAGGGGCUUGAUUACCCUGUUUAUCAGCAAAACAAACUCAAAAUAACAUUUCAUUUGAAAACAACCUUUUAAUAUGUUUCAUAUAAAACACAUGCAUAUUGUGUUUACAUCAAUACAGUGAAUUCGUAAAUGUUGCCAAAAUUAAGAUUGUUAAAAAUUGUGUUUUGCAUUAUUUUUGUACAUCUUAUAAAUUUAAAAUAAGGAAAAUUUUGACAAAACUUGUAAAAUGUUUUUUUUUUAUUAUUUUUUUUUUUUUAUCAAAAAGAGAUGUUUAUUCUUUUAUACUAUUUUAUGAAUCAUUACAUUUCAUUUUUAUUCAUAUUUUAAUUUUCUCUUUUUAGUUUUAUUUUCUUCAUGUCACCUUCUACUAAACUUUCGGAUGAAAGUUUUUUUUUUAUAUUGAAAAUAGAAAUACAUCAGAACCAUCUUUCGUUAUUUAAGGAGCAAAUUUCGAUAGACAAAUAAUGUACAUGUCUUGUAUUAUUGUUUUGAGGGUUAGACAUAGAAUUCUUUUUUUUUUUUAAAUAGCAUUUUCAAAUGUUUUGUUUAUUUUUUUCCAUAAUAAAAGAGAGCAUUUUACAUAUUCCUUGUUUGUAAAAUAUGAGAAAAAAGUGUAAUAUACUAGUCAUAAACAUUCAUGUUUUCGACCUUUGCUUUGUUUGUAAAAUAUGGAAAAAUAGUGGAAUUCUGCCUGAAAAUCAAGUUUAUUUGUAAAGUCGUUUAUGAGAUUUCUGUAAUUUAAUGUUUUGAUAUCAUUAUCAGGUCAUCAGAAACUAGUAAAUCUUUUGUAUUUAAUAUGAUGUUUCCUAAAACCAAUACCUUAAAAUAGAAUAGGUAUAUGUAAAUUUGUAUAAUUUUUGUAUUUAUUGUAAAUGUAUUGAAUGUGAAAGUGUUGCUAUUGACGACCACUAAAUAACCCUAGUAUUAAUGUUAUAUCCAUUAAAAACUGAGAUGUAAUGUAAUUAGUAGAAAACAAGGGUCAUAUAAUGCAAAGUGUACAUUAUAUUUCUCAGAAUAGUACAAAGUUGCCAUAGUGACUGGUAGCCAUGGUGAUACAUUGCCAUUAGUUACCAUUUUAUAUUGUAUUUGUAAAUCAGUCAUCUUGGAAAAUACUAAACAUUAAUAUCAUAGUGAUCGGUAGCCAUGGUGAUGUUGCCAUAGUUACCAUUUUAUAUUGUAUUUGUAAAUCGGCCAUCUUAGAAAAUACUAGAAAUUAAUAUCAACCGGAAACAUUAUUAUUAUUUUAAAUGUAUGUUAAAUGUAUAUAUAUGUAUAUUUAAUUAUACCAUGUAUAUAUAUACAUGAUUAUAAUCAUUGUUCAGAUUUUCGUGUAAUUUGAAUUGUAAAUUAUGUUUUCAUUGUUAUUUAUUAUAUGUGUGUUUUAGGAUGUUUUGGGAAGAGCUUAAAGCCUGUCCCUAAUUAUUUCUGUCAAGUGCAUCCUGUACUAUUCGUCUGUAUAGAGCUAUAGAAAAACUGUAGUAUUUAAAUAAAAGGGAUUUAGUCGCGGCUAGGAUCAGGUUUUGGUUUUUCUUUCUCAAAUGAAUAAAAACUAUUUAAAAAUUA